AAACACGUGAGGCCGUCAGUUAGACUGACCUGCAGAGGGAAUUGGAAACUCCAGCUUCGGCGUGAUCAUGUUUCUCCACUAUUACCUCAAUGAACAGGGAGACCGGAUCUAUACCUUGAAGAAAUUUGACCCUACGGGACAACAGACCUGCUCGGCCCAUCCUGCUCGGUUCUCCCCAGACGACAAAUACUCUAGACACCGAAUCACCAUCAAGAAACGUUUCAAGGUGCUGAUGACCCAGCAACCGCGCCCUGUACUCUGAGGAGCCCUUAAAUUUCAUGUCUUUCCUGCCGCCUGCGACCCUUCUGAGACUUUCCGAAACCAAGGUCUUCAAUUUGUGAGCCUUGGAAGCCUUCUAGUCACCCUUGCUUUUUGGAAUCCGGUGUCAUCAUUACCUUUGAUCAUGCGUGUGCGACGCAAUCGUGGUAUUACCGCCUUUAAGGGAACAAGUUUGAAUCUGGUUUUUAUAUUUGGCUCACUGUCAGGUUAUUAAAAUGAUUUGAAAAAGCUCUUAUUUCACAUAUUGUGGGAAGAAAAGAGCGGCUUAAGAAAAGAUGAGGGAGAUGCAAGGGAAGAGUAACCCAGGGGUAAAACAAGGGGUAGUAAGCUUGGAAGAAAAUCUUAAGUAGCUGCUGUAGCAGUAGUGCUGUACUAUUAGUGAUAGGAGGGUGUUGGGGAAGGGAAGGAAAGGUCGAGAAAGACUUUUGUGUAAUUGUCAGCAAUCACUGAAAAAUACUCCUGUGAUAAUACAAGUAAUUUCUUGACACUUGACAUUUUGACUCAAAAUGAAAGAGUUGUUUGACAAAUAAUAGCCAUAUUGUAAAGCAAAGGCAGUGAUGUGGAAGUCAGGAGACCAGGAUUCUCCCCUCUUUGUAUAUCUUUAAGAAAGUCAACCUGUUUAGUCCCACUUUCAUCAUUUCCAAGUUUUCUUUCAACUCUAAAACUGAUUAGGUUCAGUGAUGGACCUUAAUAUAUCUACAGUAUUGUCCAACUGUUGUGAAGAGGAAUGCUUUCAUGUAUACUUUACUGCUCCUCUGGUACUAUUCCCAGGCUUUUAGUUCUCUCCAUCAAGGCUUUGCCCUCUUACAUACACCUAACUUAACUAGCUGGUAGCUGGCCGCUAUGUGCAACACUAUGUGGAUCUUAAUUUAAAAGAUGACAUAUGAGAUAUUGAAGCAGGGAUUAUCUUGUUUUUCAAGCUACUGUUGGGGGUUAACAACAACAGAACCUGGGAGAUUUCAGAGGACUGGAGUGGCUGUCAUGGGGCAGCCAUAAAUUUUUCAUUCAAUUCCAUUAGUGGGAAAAUGAGGCAAAGUACUGUGUAUGGGCAUUCAAAAAAUGCUAGCUUGCUUUUCUUUCUACAGUACUUCUCCUUGUCAGGUUAAUCCAUUCAUUUCCCAAUCUUCUUAUUUGUGGCUUUUGACAUUGGAUUAGAAUGUUUGCUUAAUGCCACCGAUUUAUAUUUUUCUAUUGCACCAAAAUUCUAGACUCCAGAAGCAGAUGUAACUUAAGUCAGAGCAAAUUCAGUUUAUUAAGACUGGCCCUAGAAAGGGUAGAUAUGUUCCUCUUGGAAUCUGAAUGUCCGACCAUCUCAGCAGAAAAGUUCAGCAUAGUUGUUCACUGCUGAGGAAAGAAAAUUCUAAACUUUGGUUAUAGUUAACAAAAGACAUGUUUUUUAGAUUACCUUAACUUACAGAAAUAGAGAAAUAGUUUUUUCUCUUGAGCAAUUUUUUAUUUCUUAGCCCAUUCACUUACGGGGUUCUUAGCAAUGGAUCUGACAGAUUUCAAAGUUUUCCUGGUGUUAAGGGGAUGAUUGAAGAAAUAUUAAAAAUUCUGCAAAUGGCUAGAAAAAAGAUCUAUGAAAUUUCUUAAGCACCAAAGUCAGUUGAUGAAAUCUUCCAAUUAAAAAAAAAGUUGACUAUAAUCCUGUCUUUAUACUUUACUGCCCCCCCCAAAGGAUUAACUUUGGUCCAUUCUAUGUUCUAUAUAGACUGAAUUGAAAAGACUUCCACCUGGAAAUACUCUGAAUUGAAGGAGAAGAGAAAGGCAAACUGGUCUGAAUAUGCCAAGGAUUUUUUCCUUAAGAUAUCCCCUAGCUAUUAACAUCUGAGAUAUGCUCAGAAACAGAAGAGUCUUAAAAGGUUUAGUAUAUUUAUAUUAGGUAGUGUGUGUACAUAUAUAGGUAGUGUGUGUAUAUGUAUGUUUCUCUCAAAUGAAAGCAUUGAUGAACCAAAAUAUACUGAACACCUACUGGUGCAUUAAGUAAACAUGCUACAAAAAAAAAAUUUUGGUGGCAAUAGUAGGGGAAAUACUGGGAAUGGAGUCCAGAGAAAGUAUCUUCAGGGUUAAAUUAAAGGCAUUUUUGUUAAUGGAAUGUUCAGUCUGACUAGAAAGUGAAGAGAGCAUUUUUUCCAGCUUUAUUAGCUGUGGUUGACCAACUACAUAUUUAAUAGAUAAAUACAUUAUUUAAGCCAUGCAGUGAUAUUCCACCCAUUCUCAUGGUACAUGUAAACUGAUUACUAAAAUUUUGUGGCACAUCAAAAAAUACAUUUUUUGUCAAAUGACAAAAAAAUACAAUUUUGAUUCAUUCACACUGGA